GAAACUGUUUACGUUAAAUUUUUCAUUCAUAAAUUAUUCUCCUAAUAUAUUUCUAAUAAAAAUAUAACAUUUUCAACAAAUUAUUAUUUUAAUAAUUUAUUAUUUGUAUUUGAAGUGGAUAUGUGUAAAUCUGAGAAAGGUAUAGGUUCGUUAAUGCCUUACUACGAUGUUGAGCAAGUUAAAUGCAGUGUGGAUAGCGCAUGCGCACUGCUUCAAAACUCGAUGGUUUAUUCCCGAGAAUCGGUUUCCUUUAAGUUGGCUGCUCUGUCAGCUCUUUGUUCGUACUGGCAACAGUCGAAUACUGUCAGCAUUUCUACUCUUACGGUUGGGUGAUCUCAUUCGUCUUUCGGCAGUUCAGAAGGAAAACGAUCUGUUAUAUUGAUCUGUACGACGUACGACUCUCUUAAUUGCAAGCUUAAUUAAAAUUUUCGCUUCUAUUCUUCUAUCAACAAUCAAAACGAUACAAUGAAUUAUGAAUGGUGUGAAGAACCUCAAACUUCUUGUGACAAUAGUGGGCGUAGUUAUGGUAAAGGACGAGGCUUUAUACCGCAGAACAACAAUAGUAACAGUAUCAACAAUAAUAUGUGGGAUUCUAAAGAUGUAGAAAAUAUAAAGAAUGAGCAAUCUAAUGAUGGCAAAUUUUGGCAAUCUGAUACUGAUGAUAAUGAUUACAAAGUAACCACUAAAGUGGAAAAAGACAAGGAAGGAGGAGGAAAAGGCGGAGAAGGAAGAGGUAGAGGCAGAGGCAGAGGGAAAGGCAGAGGCAAAGGAGAAGGAGGAGGAAAGGGAGGAAGGGUUGGUCGAGGAAGAGGUGGAUUUAAAAAUAGGGAUGGAAAUGAUAAUGAUAAUAAUGAUUACAAAAGAAAUGAUAAUUACGAAGAUGAUGCUAAUGCUGGUAAUCAGAAUGACCAAGAUGGUAGAUCAAAAAAAACAGUUGUACAAAGCAGUUGUGCAGAAAUGCCACAGAAACCUAGAGAACAGUACAUUCCACCAGAUUUACCCAGUGAUGAAAAAACCUUAUUCAAAAGUGGUGUUGAAAUGGGCAUAAAUUUUGAUAGGUAUGACUUUAUUGGUGUUAAAGUAACUGGAGAGAAUCCACCUCCGCAAAUAGAAAGUUUUGAAAAUAUUGGCCUUAGAACCAUUGUUGUACAAAAUAUAAAAAAAUCAGGAUACACAAAACCUACUCCAAUACAGAAGAAUGCCCUUCCAAUUAUAAUGAGUGGUCGAGAUUUAAUGGCUUGUGCACAAACAGGUUCAGGAAAAACUGCUGCAUUUGCAAUUCCCAUUAUACAUUUGUUAUUACAAAGAAAUGCUGAUCUAGAGUUAUCCUCGGCGUUCUGUGAACCGCAAGCUCUUAUCAUAUCACCUACUCGAGAACUUACUAUGCAAAUAUGGCAGGAGAUUGCUAAAUUUUCAUACAAUUCAUAUCUAAAGACUGCAGUUGCAUAUGGUGGAACAUCUGUUAUUCACCAAGGGGGAAAGCUUUCUGCAGGUUGUCAUGUACUUGUAGCAACACCUGGAAGAUUAAUGGAUUUCGUAGAUAGAGGAAGAAUUAAGUUUUCUUCCCUACAGUUUCUUGUAUUGGAUGAAGCUGAUCGUAUGUUAGACAUGGGAUUUUUACCUAAUGUUGAAAAGAUUGUAGAUCAUGAGACCAUGUCGAAUACCAGGCAAACAUUAAUGUUUUCUGCCACCUUUCCUGACGAAGUACAGCAUUUGGCAAAAAGAUUUCUAAACAAUUAUUUGUUCGUCGCAGUUGGUACCAUAGGUGGAGCUUGUGUAGAUGUGGAACAAAAUUUUUACGAAGUUACCAAGGGUAAGAAGAAAGACUUACUUAAAGAAAUUUUACAAAGAGAAUACGAUGCUGGUACUUUACAAGGUACUUUGGUGUUUGUUGAAAUGAAGAAGAAGGCAGACUUUAUUGCAGUAUUCUUGUCCGAAAGUAAUUAUCCUACUACCAGUAUUCAUGGCGACAGAUUACAGAGACAAAGAGAAGAAGCGUUGGCUGAUUUUAAAAGUGGGAAGAUGUCUGUUUUGGUAGCUACGGCUGUUGCCGCUAGAGGUUUAGAUAUAAAGAAUGUAGCACAUGUUAUAAACUAUGAUUUACCAAAGGGAAUCGACGAAUAUGUUCAUCGAAUUGGAAGAACCGGUCGUGUAGGAAACCGAGGAAGAGCGACUUCCUUCUUUGAACCUGAAGAUGAUGCACCACUACGUGAAGAUCUUAUUAAAAUAUUGAAACAAGCAGAACAGCCUGUUCCAGAUUGUUUGACAGAUGCAAACACAAACAAACAGUAUGUGCCAAGAAGAAGCAACAGAUACGGAAGUGCAGACAUUAGAGAGUAUAUAGGCGGAUAUGAAAGAACGUAUUAUUAUUCACCUACAGCACUGAAGCCAGAAAUGACAGUCGAGCCAGAAGAAGCAUGGUAGAAAAGUUUGUUUUUUUUUUUGUUUACAUACUUUUUGGUAUUAUUGUUAGGAACAAGGUAGUAUACUUUGUUUCUUUAUUCCAUAAGUCAGAGGUACAAAGAAUUUUCUAUUCAUUAAAGUUUAACAUGUUUAAUAUUAUUCGUUAAAGAAGAUUAACAAGUAAUAGUAAGUUUGUCUUUUAUCUAACCAAAUCGUGACUGAUGUUUAACUGAAACGAACCAGACUGGAUUACGUACCUCUUUAGAAUUAUAAGUUACAUAUAAGAUCAUACAAUUCUACUUUUCGUUGAUGUAAUAUGAUUUGCGAGAAGAUGUAUAUUCCUAGAUACAGUUUAAUACACUGUAUUGAUCGUACAAAUAUUAGUUUUUAAGAACAAAUAAUAACUUCAUGAUAACCACUUAGAAA